CAGGAAAACACAGGCCGCCCCGGCUUUCGCUCUCGCUCUGGGAACGGGAAGGAACCCCGACAACCGCGCAGGGCCUGGGAUUGUGCGUGCCGGGUCGCAUCUCCAGGUCGGGAGCGUCAGAGAGCCGGGGGCGGGCGCGGGUGCGGGCGCGGGCCGGGCGGGGCCAAGCCGGGAAGCUGGUCGGUGCGUCAGCUUCACGCGCCGGGAAGGAACCGGUCCGAGGCCCCGGGCUGCCGGCGCGGGCGCCGCGGCACGUCCGCAGGCUGGGUCGCUAGGUGGCAACCGCUGAGAGGCGGGAGGGCCGAGGCGGGCCUGGGAGGCGGCCCUGAAGUGGGGCGCCGCCGGGGCCGGCCCGCGCGGGCUUCAUCUGAGGGCGCACGGCCAGCGACCGAGCGUGCGGACUGGACUCCCAGGCGUGGAGCGACGAGCUGCCGGAGCGGCAAUGGACCGCGGCUGGGGAUUCCUGAUUGGCCUCCUGGGCGCCGUGUGGCUGCUCACCUCGGGCCACGAAGAGCAGCAGCCCCCGGAGACAGCGGCACAGAGGUGCUUCUGCCAGGUUAGUGGUUACUUGGAUGAUUGUACCUGUGACGUUGAAACUAUUGAUAGAUUUAAUAACUACAGGCUUUUCCCAAGACUACAAAAACUUCUCGAAAGUGACUACUUUAGAUAUUACAAGGUAAAUCUGAAGAGACCAUGUCCUUUCUGGAAUGACAUCAGCCAGUGUGGAAGAAGGGACUGUGCUGUCAAACCAUGUCAAUCUGAUGAGGUUCCUGAUGGAAUUAAAUCUGCGAGCUACAAGUAUUCUGAAGAAGCCAAUAAUCUUAUUGAAGAAUGUGAACAAGCUGAACGACUUGGAGCAGUGGAUGAAUCUCUGAGUGAGGAAACACAGAAGGCUGUUCUUCAGUGGACCAAGCAUGAUGAUUCUUCAGAUAACUUCUGUGAAGCUGAUGACAUUCAGUCCCCUGAUGCUGAAUAUGUAGAUUUGCUUCUUAAUCCUGAGCGCUACACUGGUUACAAGGGACCAGAUGCUUGGAAAAUAUGGAAUGUCAUCUAUGAAGAAAACUGUUUUAAGCCACAGGCAAUUAAAAGACCUUUAAAUCCUUUGGCUUCUGGUCAAGGGAAAAGUGAAGAGAACACUUUUUACAGUUGGCUAGAAGGUCUCUGUGUAGAAAAAAGAGCAUUCUACAGACUUAUAUCUGGCCUACAUGCAAGCAUUAAUGUGCAUUUGAGUGCAAGAUAUCUUUUACAAGAGACCUGGUUAGAAAAGAAAUGGGGACACAACAUUACAGAAUUUCAACAGCGAUUUGAUGGAAUUUUGACUGAAGGAGAAGGUCCAAGAAGGCUUAAGAACUUGUAUUUUCUCUACUUAAUAGAACUAAGGGCUUUAUCCAAAGUGUUACCAUUCUUCGAGCGCCCAGAUUUUCAACUCUUUACUGGAAAUAAAAUUCAGGAUGAGGAAAACAAAAUGUUACUUCUGGAAAUACUUCAUGAAAUCAAGUCAUUUCCUUUGCAUUUUGAUGAGAAUUCAUUUUUUGCUGGGGAUAAAAAAGAAGCACACAAACUAAAGGAGGACUUUCGACUGCAUUUUAGAAAUAUUUCAAGAAUCAUGGAUUGUGUUGGUUGUUUUAAAUGUCGUCUGUGGGGAAAGCUUCAGACUCAGGGUUUGGGCACUGCUCUGAAGAUCUUGUUUUCUGAGAAACUGAUAGCAAAUAUGCCAGAAAGUGGACCUAGUUAUGAAUUCCAUCUAACCAGACAAGAAAUAGUAUCAUUAUUCAACGCAUUUGGAAGAAUUUCUACAAGUGUGAAAGAAUUAGAAAACUUCAGGAACUUGUUACAAAGUAUUCAUUAAAGAAAACAAGCUGAUAUGUGCCUGUUUCUGGACAGUGGAGGCCAAAGAGUGGAAUUUCUUUCAAAGGCAUAAUAGCAAUGACAGUCUUAAGCCAAACAUUUUAUAUAAAGUUGCUUUUGUAAAGGAGAAUUAUAUUGUUUUAAGUAAACACAUUUUUAAAAAUUGUGUUAAGUCUAUGUAUAAUACUACUGUGAGGAAAAGUAAUACUUUAAUAAUGUGGUACAAAUUUUAAAGUUUAAUAUUGAAUAAAAGGAUUAUCAAAUUCAUAUAUGAUAAAAGUGAAUGUUCUAAGUGUCUGAAGCUAGCAUUUUGUGUAAUAAGUUGUAAUAUAAAUAAAACUAUGGUAAAUGUGGCAAGCAUUUAAUAGGAAAAUGCUAAGGAGGCCUCAUGAAUGACCCAUAAUUAGCAAUGUAGAAUUUUUCAAUACAUUUAGGGUUGCUGGAUUUAGCAAAUAAAAAUAAAGAUUGUCUAGUUAGAUUUGAAUUUCAGAUAAACAACAAUUAGUUUUUUAAUAUGUUACAUGGAAUAUUUGGAAAAUACUUACACUAAAAAAUUAUUUGUUUGAAAUUCAGAUUUAACUGGGAGUCUUGUAUUUUAUCUGGCAAUCCUAAAAUACAUUGGUAUGAAACAAAUCACUUUUAGAAUGAUAUUGCUAUUUUGACUGGGUUAUUUGUGUGUGUAGAAAUGUACAAUAACAACUCAAAGGCACAGGAGAUUUCUAAACAUUGUGAAAAGUUGAAUACAUUAUAUAUUUAUUCUCAUAAUACUUUCCCUAAUACUAAAUAAAAUUUGGGGAAUACUUUUUAUUUUUAUAUAAUUUCCAAUUUACAGAAAAGUUUCAAAAAUAGUACAAAGAGUUCUCUUACCCAGAUUCACUAAUUGUUCAUAUGUGCUUUAUCUUUCAUGCUUUCUUUGUACACACAUGCGCGCACACACACUCACAUGCACAUACACAUGCACGCACACACACACAAUUUUUCCUCAAUCAUUUGAAAGUCAGUUACAGACAUCAUGCCCCUUUAACCCUAAAUACUUCAGUGUGUAAUACUGAAUAAUUUCUAAAAAUGAUUUUCUCAGAAAAAACAAAACCUCCCACAAUUCUGGAACUAUACUACUAUAAGCCUUAGAAUAAAUAAUAAUUUCAAGUUCCAGUCUAAAGUUCUUUUUGAGUUUUGUUGCCCGUUUUACGCUUGAUGUGUAUAGUAAUAGGGUAGGCUAUUUAUUUUAUUAAAAUUUUUUUUUAGAGACAAGAUUUUGCUGUGUUGCCCAGGCUGGAACUUGACCUCCUGGGCUGAAGUGAUCUUCCCACCUCAGCCUCCCAAGUAGCUGGGAAUACAGGUGUCUACACCAUACCCAGUUUAAGUUUUGUUUUUUUAUACACAAAGUUCAUUUCCUUUGUCUCCCUAAAAGUGAACUGUAAUUUUGGGAGGUUUUCAUUAGUGGAAGCUCUUCAUUUAUAGAGCUAUUUGAAGGGGUUUAAGAAUUUAUAUCACAUGGUAAUUGUACAGAAAAAGAAGCUAUAUACCUCAAAAUCAUGUGCCCUCUUUACAUAUGUCUUAUCAGGUAUAACAUGUUGAAAUGUCCCAUUAUUAGUAGAGUGGGGUUUAUUUAUAUAGUGGUUAAGAAAUGUCAGUUGACACUGCUGUACACUUUUUCUUCUGUGUCCCUAAGGCCUGCUACAGUGCCAAGCACAUACUUGGUAUCCAAUAAAUAUUUGUUGGAUGAAUGUAUGCAUAUGUAUUCAGUAUAUUUUAAAUGAAUAAUCACAGAACUAAGUUUAAUAAUGUGUCCUAUUUUCCUCUGCCACUUCAUUUUCUCUAAGGCAGGAAAAGAAAGACAUUAACCCACUAAAUAAGUCAAUCCUCUUGGAGACUCAAAAGACUAUGAAGUGAUCACUCUAUAUAAAAUACAGUGUGGGUUCAAAUGGCCAUUUUUUGUGUAUUCCUCUGUGUCAUCUUAUGCUGAAUUUCCUUUCCUUUUUUUUUUUUUUUUUUUAACAGCCAAUCUUUUUGAAGGAAUAUUCUUACCUCUACUUUGUCACCUUCCACUGGCUCCGCAACUAAAAUCUGCCAUUUGGCUGUAUAGUUAACAGUCCCUUCCUGUGAAGUCUAAGAUCAAUUCUAAAUCCACAGUUUAAUUCACAAGCUAUUUGACAUUUUUGACAACCUGUACUUGAAAGAUUUAUUCCCUUGAUUUCUUACAUUUUGCUCACUCCUGAACCCCCCCCUUUUUAGCUUCUUCAUUUAUUACUUAAAUGUUAUUCCUCAGGCCUCCAUUUUUUUUCCCUCUUAAUCAUAACACCACUUCUCACGCUUGGGUCAUUUCAGUUCAGCAAUUCCUAAAUCCUUAUCUUUAGCCAAACUCCUCAAUCCAUCUGCCUGCUGCACUUGACUUGGUUGUCCCAUAGACACCUGUGCGUGUCUUAAAACAUUCAUUCUCUGCAAAACCUACUCUUAAUGCCUGUGUUCCUUACUUUGGUUAAUUUUAGAACCAUUAUAUUCUACGUUUGCUAGGCUCAUUCCUCUCCUCCACCUUCCCGUAUCAUUUAGUGUUUAAGUUUUACUGAUUUUAUCUCCACCUCUCUGAUACAUCACUCUUUCAUCUUCAUUGCCAUUAUUAAUACCUAUAGUACUAACCUGCCUCCUAUACCUAGCUGGUCUCCUCUCUGUUGCUCAAUGUUACCAGAGUAGGCUUUCUAGAAGCACUCUGACAGCAUUACUCCCUAAUACCCUUCCGUGACUUCAGGAACUUGCAGGAGAAAGCCAGACUCCUCUGUUUGGUGUACAAGGUCUUCUGAUGUGUAAUGUGUUUCCUCCACUGAAUGUUCUGGUGAAACAGACUUAACAGUUCUUCAAAAGCCCCAUAUGACCAGGUUUCCCGCCUUGGUAAAUGCUGUACUCUUUGCAUCAAGUGCACUGGUCAUCCUUCCCCACUUGGAAGAUUCCUAUGCAUCUUGCAGGCCGGACGUAAGCACUUCCUCUAUAAAGUCUCCCUUGCUCCACUCAAGGAGAGUCAUCUAACUUCCACUUCUGUGUCACCACUGUAAUUACAACCUACCUCUAUUGUAUGUCACUUAAAUUGUACUGUAUUGUUUUAUUUUUCAAAAGUCUUCUUUACUAGAAUGUGAGCUCCUUAAGGGCAGGAAAAGGAACCUUUUUAUUUUUUGCAUCUCCAUAGCAUAGUUUUUGGCAUAUGAACGUUUAAUAAAUGUUUGUUGAAUAAACUGA